AUGGCUCCCCCUUCCUUUCUCUUGUACACCCUCUUAACCUUCUUCUUAUCUUUCCAUGGAAUCACGGCAGUCGAGUACGCAGUGAUCAACGAUGCCGCAACCACUCCUGGCGGCACCCGUUUCAACAAUGAAAUCGGGGUCUGCAAAGCAAAGCAAAUAAUGGCUACCGCCAACAGCUUCAUAUUGUACGCCAUCUUCCAACAAUCCUACCCAUCCGACCAAAAAGCGAUAGAUUUAGUGAACCUUUACAUCGAAGAGGUCAAAUUCCCCUUAACAGUCACUUGGGGCAACAACAAUAUUAAUUUUAGUUCCAUUUAUAUGGCAGGGUUUAAAGGGGACUUGAAAAGGGAAUUCAUGGCUAACGUGUACCAUGAAAUGACCCAUGUUUUACAAUGGACAGGCAACGGUAACGCCCCUCCUGGGUUGAUCGAAGGGAUGGCAGAAUAUACGAAAUUAAAAGCAAAUCUUACGCAACCCGGAUUUGCAGAACCGGGCCAAGGAGAUCACUGGCACCAAGGGUAUGAUGUCACGGCCCGAUUUCUCGAGUAUUGCGAAGGGAUCACACCGGGUUUUGUGGCAAAACUUAAUAAGAUGAUGAGAUUUAGAUUCGAGUUUAAGUAUUUUAAGGAUUUGACUGGAAAACCGGUUUACCAAUUGUGGCUGGACUACAAGGUUAAAUAUGGACAGUGCUGUAAUUAA